AUGGGAAUGAGGUUGGAGUCUGCAGAAGUUCAGGAGAUUCUAAAACAGUUUGUUAUUAGCGACGAUGAUUUGCACGUCAUUAGCUGUAAGAUAGAAGCAGAAAUGAAAGCUGGUCUUGCCAGUGUAGACGGGUCUUCAAUAGCCAUGUUGCCCUCCUACGUACCAGCGUUGCCUGAUGGAUCUGAGGAAGGCAAGUACGUGGCGAUCGAUCUUUCCGGUAAAAAUUUACGUAUAAUGUUACUCACUCUCAAUGGUACUGGACGUGAACCUGCUGCUGUUAACAACAAUUAUAUUGUACCUAAUCAUGUGAUGAAAGGCACUGGUGAUCAACUAUUCACAUUUAUUGUCAACUGUCUGCAACGUUUCCUGCAAGAGUUUGGUCUAGUCGAAGCCAACCUACCCAUCGGUUUUGUUUUUUCCUAUCCAUGUGAGCUUCUAUCUAUUCGUUCCGCUCGACUGCUGUGGUGGACAAAGGGAUUUGAUAUCAAGGACUGCCUAAGGAAGGAUGUUGUCCAACUGCUGGAGGAGGCUUUGGAAAUGAACAUGGCAAUUGGGCAGCUUGCGGCAGCUGGUCACAAAUAUGGCCCUGAAUGCACGAUCGGUGUUGUUAUAGGUUAUGGGUGCAAUUCGUCCUAUUUGGAGAAAACCUCCCGCAUCACAAAAUUCGACGCUAAAGCUAAAGGAUACAAGCACCCCAAUAUGGUAGUCGUUACCGAAUGGGAGGAGUUUGGCUCGAAGGGUGAACUUGAUUCCGUUCUCACACAGUUUGACAAAGAGAUCGAUGCAGCUUCAGUUCACCAAGGGAAGCAAAUCAUCGACAAAUUAACCGGUGCGCUUUACUUGGGAGACUUGGUUCGUCGAGUGCUGUCUCAGUUGGUGCUCGACCGUAAUCCUCGGUUUGAUUGGCCACUUUUUUCCUUGUUUGUCGCUUGUGAAAAAUUGGACGAGCCUGACACAUUCCCUACAAAAUACAUCAGUGAAAUUCUU